UUUUAUUUUUUGUAAGAAACUUCCUCUGCUGGAUUUAAGAGCAAGUAGAGAAAGCAGAAUCAUCUUUGGGUGAGAACCCGCUAAGAAAUGAUUUACCAGAUCCCAGCAGAGAUCACAUUUCUCGAAACAGGAAAAACAGAUCUGCAGACCCCUGUGGCAUGAACAGAAUAUCCAGCAUUAAAAAGCAAGAAGGAUGUCCCUAAUCGAUGAGCUGGAGAUCCACUUUUCAGCAACUCCUUUCACGAUCACAGACACAAGUGAUGGCAGCCUGCUUAAGAUCAGAACCAAUACCUCCAUCAAUGCCACCUGGGAUGGCCCUCCAGCCACCAGUUCCAUGGAGGACAUGAUCGCCAUAUGCACCAUCGGGACAAUCCUCUCCCUUAUGUGUGUGAUUGGGGUGACAGGCAAUGUCUACACCUUGCUCGUGAUGUGCCAUUACCUGCGAUCAUCUGCUUCCAUGUACAUUUACAUCAUCAACCUUGCACUGGCAGACCUGCUCUAUCUUCUCACCAUCCCCUUCAUUGUUGGAACCUACUUCAUUCAGAAAUGGUACUUCGGGGACAUUGGCUGCCGCAUCCUCUUCAGUCUGGACUUUCUCACCAUGCAUGCCAGCAUCUUCACCCUCACAGUCAUGAGCACAGAGCGUUACUUCGCCGUGCUGAAGCCCCUGGACACGGUGAAGAGAUCCAAGAGCUACCGAAAAGCCAUUGCUGUUGUCAUCUGGCUCGUGUCACUGCUGCUCACCCUUCCAAUGCUCAUCAUGAUCCAGCUGGUGCAAAGAGACAACAAAAGUAUUUGCCUGCCCACCUGGAGCAAGCUCUCCUACAAAGUUUAUCUCACCAUCCUUUUUGGUACGAGCAUUGUGGGCCCAGGGGUAAUCAUUGGCCAUCUCUAUAUCAGAUUAGCUAAAAUCUACUGGGUGUCGCAAACAGCAUCAUUCAAGCAGACCAACCGGCUGCCAAAUCAGAAGGUGCUCUAUUUAAUCUUCACUAUUGUGCUGGUUUUCUGGGCUUGCUUCUUGCCUUUCUGGAUAUGGCAGCUCCUCUUCCAGUAUUAUGAAUCUUUACCAUUAUCUCCCAAGGUUAUGAAGAACAUUAAUUAUCUGACAACCUGCUUAACCUACAGCAACAGCUGUAUCAACCCUUUCCUUUACACCCUGCUCACCAAAAACUACCGGGAAUACUUGAAGAACAGACAGCGGUCUCUUAGCAGCAGCAGUGGGUACUUCCAAAGGAGGAACCGAUUCCAGAGAAUUUCAGGGAGAUCCCUCUCCAUGAGCAGUCAGCACUGCACAGAGACAUAUAUUCUUGGUCAUGCUCCUUUGGGAAACAGCAGUGCCUGA